UACAGAAAAAGGGCGGAGCCUCCAGGCAGUCUCUUGGCAACCGGAUCUGGCUGCCAAACCGCCAAACCUUGAGGCGCAAUGACCUCUGGGAAUUGUAGUUCAGUUGGAAGGGCCUUUUAGGAGCCUCGUGACUGCAGGCCCGCAGUCUGCGGACUACAACUCCCGAAAUCAACCAUGAGGGCGAAUGGGUGGGAAGGGCCCCCAGCGAGCUCAGACCGGGAUUCCAUGCUCCCCAGUGACAGCAGCGGCAGGAAGCUGGCGGGUGCUACUCCGGCGCCAAGGCCUCUGGUUCCCCGAAGGGCGACAUCGGACAUUUCCCUACGUAACUCCCAUCUCUGGGCCCCGAGUCUGUGCAUGGCGAAGUCCCCGGAGAACUCUACCCUGGAGGAGAUUCUAGGGCAGUAUCAACGGAGUCUCCGGGAACGUGCAAAUAGAAGCAUUCACCAACUGAAAUGUGCCCUGAGAGAAGGUGAUGUCACCGUUGGAGAAGAUGCUGCGGGUCCCAGUGUGGAAAAUGAGGAAAAUGAGGAAAAUGAGGACGCUGGGACUGCCUGGCAUGAACUGCGACACAGCCAUGCUGUUAAUCAGCUCAAAGCUUUGUUGCGCCAACAAGCAACUAAGGAAAGUGAGGUGUCUCCAUCAAGAAGGCGAAAAGUGUCCCCUCUGAGGGCGUCAGAAGAUGAGGAAGCCAACGUGCCUACCAUCCACAAUCUUGUUCCGAUCAUCAAUGACCAGUCUCAGUACAUUCAUCAUUUAGAGGCAGAAGUCAAGUUCUGCAAGGAGGAACUCUCUGGAAUGAAAAACAGGGUACAAGUAGUUGUGCUUGAAAAUGAAAGUCUCCAACAAGAGCUGAAAUCUCAAAGACAAGAGGAAGCAAUGAGGGAACAAACACUUCUGGAUGCAUCUGGAAACAUGCAGAAUUCUUGGAUUACAACAGGUGAAGAUUCUGGGGUGGGUGAAGCUGCCAAGAGAGGAUUCUCCCAUGGCGAUGCGGAUGUUGUCGUAGGUGCAUCUGCUGGGGAAGCUGAAAAAUGGAAACUGGAACUGGAGAGGCUGAAACUUACUUAUGAAGAAAAGACUGAAGUCCUAGAAUCUCAAUUGAAAUUUUUAAGGAAAGACUUAGCUGAAUAUCAGAAAAAUUGUGAAGAUCUUAAAGAGCGACUGAAGCAUAAAGAGUCUCUCCUCGCUGCGAAUACUUCUAACUGGGUUGGUGGCCUGUGUUUGAAAUGUGCUCAGCACGAAGCUGUUCUUUCCCAAACCCAUAAUAACGUUCACGUGCAGACCAUUGAAAGACUGACUAAGGAAAGAGAUGACUUAAUGUCCGCACUAGUUUCCGUCAGGAGCAUCUUGACAGACGUGCAGGAAAGAGAAGCCGGCGCUUAUGAGCAGGUGAAGCAAGCCGUGCAAGUGGCCGAGGAAGCCAAUUUCGAGAAGACCAAGGCUUUAAUCCAAUGUGAACAGUUGAAGAACGAACUGGAGAGGCAGAAAGAGCGACUUGAAAAAGAACUCGCAUCGCAGCAAGAAAAAAGGGCCUUUGAGAAAGAGAUGAUGAAAAAGGACCUAACAAAAGAAAAGGAGGACCUGGGAUCAAAGAUAUUGUCCCUGUCUCAAAAUAUUGCCCAACUGGAGGUCCAGGUUGAAAAGGUUACAAGAGAGAAGAUUUCAGCUAUUAAUCAACUAGAGGAAAUUCAAAACCAGCUUGCUUCCAAGGAAAUGGAUGUCACAAAGGUGUGUGGGGAAAUGCGCUAUCAGUUGAAUAAAACCAAAAUGGAGAAGGAUGAGGCAGAGAAGGAGCACAGAGAGUACAGAGCAAAAACUAAAAGGGAUCUUGAAAUGAAAGAUCAGGAAAUAGAGAAAUUGAGAUUAGAAGUCAGUGAAAGCAAACAGCACUUGGAACGGGAGCAGCAGAAGGCAGCCGGGGCCAGAGAGGAGUGCCUGCAACUGACAGAUCUGCUGAGCGAGUCGCAGCACCAACUGCACCUCACCAGACUGGAAAAAGAUAGCAUUCAGCAGAGGCUUAGCAACGAAGCAAAGGCCCAAGCCCUUCAGGCCCAGCAAAGGGAGCAGGAGCUGACACAGAAGAUACAGCAAAUGGAGGCCCAGCAUGACAAAACUGAAAAUGAACAGUAUUCACUGCUGACCUCCCAGAAUACAUUUUUGACAAAGUUAAAGGAAGAGUGCUGUGCAUUAGCCAAGAAACUGGAACAAAUCUCCCAAAAAAGCAGAUCUGAAAUAGCUCAGCUCAGUCAAGAGAAAAGGUAUACGUAUGACAAACUGGAAAAGUUACAGAGAAGAAAUGAUGAAUUGGAGAAACAGUGUGUCCAACAUGGGAGACUACAUGAGAUAAUGAAGCAAAGGCAAGCCUGAGUGCCGUACUCUCUGGAUGCCUGAGACUCUUCCUCAGGACAAGCUCCGUGACAUGCCACACCCAGAGACCGCUACUCCAUUCCUCCGGGACCCUACAGCAGUCAGUAGUUAUUUCUAUUUUUCUUAUUCCUUCAUUUUUUCUUCAUUAAUUUGCAAGCUUACUGCAAAUAGGUUUCCUGUCUUCUGUAGAAACAACAAAUUAUCAUAAGGAAAGAACAGUGGCUAGGGAGCAGAAGCUCAGGGUUUAUGUCACCUGCCAACAUAGGAUUUUGGACAGGCUUAAGUAAGCUCUUUGAGCCUUAAUUUCCUUAUCCGUGAAAUGGGGAUUAAAGACCAUGUAAAAUAAUUAUGAGGAUCAAAUCAGAUCCUAGGUAUGAAAACUGGGGGAGGGGGAAACUCUGCACUAUAUAAAUGUAGCAUUAUUAUGAGAUCAGCUGUCUUACAGUCAUGGUGUCAUGGAAUCCCAGUGCGUCUUAGGCAGUUGGGACUUGGUGAUCUCUGACACAAGACCGUAGUUUUGUAAUUAAAGCAGCAGAGAGGCCGUAUGGAAUGCAACUAUUACAUCAGUACUAUUAAGAUAGUAUUCUUGUCUUCUGUGUUUUAGAGGGGCAAACUGAGACUCCUAAAGGUUAUGUGACUUACCAUGGUCACCAUUGUCACUUAGCUAAUGCAUAGUGGUAGGGCCGAUCUAGAAAUGCAGGGCCAUCCAACACCAGAGUUCAUACUGCAGUACCUCUGCAAGGGUCCCCCGCCAGCCAGCAUCUGAGCUAGGGCUGGUCCCCAGGACCCCGGAGUCCUGAGCUGUGAAGCUCCCUGGCAGAUUUCCCCAUUCCAACCUGUGAGUGACAGUGUGACAUCUAAAAGUCAAAUUCUCUGCUAGGGGCUCUUCAGGCUGAUGUGCCUAGAGCCCCCCACCCCCACCCCCCACCUGUUACAGCAAGACUAAAUGAGUUUUUGAAAAGAUUUUUUAAUUACCAGUGGAGCAUAUGGUGCAUAGUGGUUAAGAACAUGCAGUUUCUGAAGCCUUCUGCCUGGGUUCUAAUCCCAGCCCCAUUGCUGAACAGGCUGUCACUCCUCUUGGGCAAGGCACUCCUCUCUCAGUGACUCAGUGUCCUCAUCCAUAAAAGGAGGGGAGAAUGUAUCCCCCACCGCUCCCCGCCUUGGGUUGUUCUGAGACUGACAGGAGCUUCAGGUCUGCUACUGCAAUGUAUGUUUUUGUUAAAGAAAAUAAUUCAUUCUUGGGUCUUAUUUUGCAAUUCCAAUUAAAUAGUAGGCCAUCGCUAACUAAAAAAUAAAUCAAAGGAAAAGAAAAACCCAAAAUAGCAGGCUUCCCUUGAACACUAGCUGGGCUCUGCUGAUGAGAUGGCCGAACCUUCCAUUUUCUCAGGAGAUACUCAGUUUUAGGCUGCUUUUUGUGGGGUUAUGUUCCGAGGCAGACCUGGCUGAGGCAGGGUGGUUUAUCUGCUGGUCGGAGAGCUCACAGGGCAGUCUCAGGAAGAGCUGGAGCCUCAGCCUGGCAGGCAGGACGCGUGCAUUUGCAAGCCGGGCGCCCAGCCCCUUGGGCACCAGGCUUUUGUGCUCUUUUAGCUCUGAUGUUGCACAAAAGAUUGCAAUCUAGAAUCAAUCGAACAUGAUGAAUGGACUCCUUUGUGGGAUUCCAUGUUGUUUUUAACAUUUCUUUGGUAAUUUUGAACAAAAUAACUUCGGAAGUGAUUACACAAGGAACAAUGUCUUUAGACCCUUUAAAGCGUUUUCCUUUGUUUAGUUGAACAUGUACAUUUAGGGGGUAAAGCAAGUUCGUGCAUUGUUCUCGCCAUGCAUAACAUGCAGACUGCUCGCUGGUGGUGGAAAUGUAACAGAUUUAAAGAGCAUGUUUGGUUUUCUGAUAAUAUCCUGAUGAUAUACGGUGAUUUUCUGGGCCUUUGUUUUCCAGAAAUUAAUUGGUUAAAAAAAUUGUUACUCUCUUUGAAAUGUUUGUGUGUGUAUGAACAUGAUAAGCAGAACCAUUUUCUCCUUAUCAUCCAUGAAAAGUAUGUGACAGUUUAAAAAGCAGGUAUUUUAAAGUUUAUUUAUUUUGAGAGAGAGAGAGAGA